AUGGACCUCAAAGGGGAUGAGAUCUGGGAAGCAGAAGAUAGGUGCACUGAGCAAAGGAGUCUGGUGGAAGUUCAGGCAGACAAAGUCAGGGCUGAAUCUGAAAGAGAGAAAAAUGGUGAUGAAAAGGCCCUCAACUGCCUCAGCCUCUCCAGCCGCGCCGUCCCCGCCAAGGAGCCGCCGCCGCCGGCCCUCUCCGGGGUGCGGGGCUCUGAGCCCGCCGCCAAGCCCCCGCCCGCCGCCGCGCCGGGCUCUCCCGAGGGCGAGGAGAAGGUGGCCGCCAAGGGAAAGAGCUCGGGCCCCAGCGCUCGGAAGGGGAAGGGGCAGAUCGAGAAGAGGAAGCUGAGGGAGAAGAGGAGGUCGACAGGUGUGGUGAACAUCCCGGCCGCCGAGAACCUCGAUGAAUAUGAAGACGACGAAGCAGGGCAGAAGGAGCGGAAGAAGGAGGAUGCUAUUACCCAACAGAAUACGAUACAAAAUGAAAGUUCCAGUGCAGAUACCUCUGGCUUAUACUUAGUACAGGACACCUCCAGGAUGGUUUCAAGCAGGUAUAAAAGCACAGCUAAUGCACCAGAAGAUGAUGCUCCAAAUAGGUAUUCCCGAACAGACAGGACAACUUACAGCAGAUACAGCAGGGAUGCAAAUUCUUCAGGCGGUUCCAUACCAAGUAACGCUCUGGAAAAGAGGAUUGAGGAACUUGAAAGGGAACUUGCAAAGGAGAGACAAGAAAACGCGAGAUUAAUGAAGAUGACACAGGACAAAGAGGAACUAAUUGGAAAGCUGAAGGAAGAAAUUGAUUUAUUAAACAGAGACCUAGAUGAUAUAGAAGAUGAAAAUGAACAAUUGAAGCAAGAAAAUAAAACCCUCUUAAAAGUUGUUGGACAGCUGACAAGGUAGAAGAUUCAAGCCUCAAUGAGGAAAGAUUUAAAAACUACUGAUUGAACAUUAAGGUCAAUAUAGUAAGACUUCCUGUGUUGCAGUAUGUUAUAAUAACUGUCUUUAUAUUUAUUGUUAGGAAACCAGAUGAAUGUUUAUUUUCAUAGUACUUUCUUCUUCAUUCAAUGAAAUGGCAUGAAAUUUUGGAUAUAUUUUUAGCUUUCUUUUCACAUAAGAAUAAUUACAUUUUUUGACAUAUUUCAAAAUAUGAAGUUAAAAUUUAUUUGGGUUUUGUAUCUUCAGAUUACAUCUGGAUAAAUACAGUAAUUUAAAGAUCAUAGCACCAAGAUCACUUUCAGUCCAUGUGGGUGUAUAUUUUUGAAACAAAUGGAAGUAAUGCGUAUAAGCUUUGUUUACACAGGUCCAAAAUAUAUAUUUUGGGAAAUAUUUGCUUUUUGUUUAAACAACUGUAAAGUGGAUGCCUUAUUACUGAUGUAUAACAUUUUGCAGGUUGAUUACUUUCUCUAAAACUCUUGUAUGUUGAGGGUAUUUUUUACUUUAUUUGAAAGACUGACAAUAGUAGAGAGUAGCAUUUUUUUUUUCUCUGUAUAACAGUAUUCUGGCAGGAAGGGGAGGUUUUAUUAAAAAAAAAAAGGCAAAAUCAAAAAAAAACCAAAUUGCCUGUGUUAUCAGCAUUAAUGAGUUCUUAGAAUCAUAUUGAACUUGUGCACUGCAGUUUAUUUUAAAGCUGAAAUGCAAGUUUGCUAUCAGACAGUAAGUUUGUUUGCUGUGUUGAGAAUUCAAACAAAGCCUGGAGCUUUCAUGUUAGCAAAGACACUUUUUGCAAUACUCUUAUAUUUAAAGCUGUCAUCUUAAAAUUUGUAGUGAUCAUAAUCAAUGUGAGUUUUUUGAUCUUUUUGUUUUUUAAGCUGGGUGAAAAUAUUUGUACAUAACAAAGUAGAGAAGCAUACAAGCGAUUCUUGUCCUUUUGAAAUAUCAAGUGGUUUAAAAAACCCCUUUUAUCCUUGAUUUCAAACUAACAAGGUGUUUAAAUGUGCCUGUUCAGAUGUUACAAUCCAGUUAUGACUGCAUAUUAAUUCUUCUAUAACAUGAUAGUAGAUAAAAUUUUCAUUUGACAUUAACUACAGACCUCAGUUAACACUUCUUAAAAUUCUUGUCAGGCUGAAAUUUGAUGUACUUUAUUUCAUCUUAGUGCAGCACAUUUUUAAUUCCUGAGAAGAAUAAAUGUAUAUGUCAUUUGAGUCAGGACACUAGAAAUAAAAACAUUUUGAAGAGUCCAGGCUUUUUCUUGACAAGUUUGGUGUCAGUAAGUUGCAUGCAUAUAGUUUUUGUUACCUUAAAAUUUAAAGGUAACUAAUAUAAAAUAACAAUCACCUUUUCAGAUUUGCCAAUUGUUUUCAUAAGAUGGGUUUAAUGACUGUAAGAGUUUCUUAAAUUUCAAACCCAGCUAUUAUUGUUACACCUUGGGUUGUUUUGAAUAUAGGAUAGGUUAUCAUCUGUAUAUUCUAAUGAGGAAGAACUUUUCAAAGCUUUGAAGUAUUUUUCAAGACACUUAUAUUCCAGGAUGCCUUGAUGUUUUCCUUCACAGGGGAUGAGAACCCAUGGGAUGCCAUUUAAAACCUUUUCUCAGGGGUUUAAAUGGGGGGGGGUGUUUAUAGGGGCUUUUGAAUUACAAUAUGAAUACUGCUUUUAGUAUUACUCAAAUGGUAAGAAGUCCCUUAAUUUAUCAGUUUAAUGAAAUUAAAGUAAUAAAAAACCCAACAGUUGAGAUGUAUGCCUUCUGAAUAAAUAUGAAACUUUCUCUGGAAGAACAUCUGAUUUCCUUCUCUGUGUACCAAGCAGGAAAUACACUGAUUUAUGGCAUGGGAUGUCAGACAUAUUACAGCAUCAUUAAGGAGUUAAUGCAGAACACACAAAUAUUAAUACGAAGUUGUAAAUGAGAUAUUUCAUAAACAUAAACAUAAUAAUAACAACAUUAAGAAUUGUCUUCAUAUCACUUCUUCUUCGUUUGCGUGUGUACUGAUUACAAUUUAGCAGCAGUAAUGCCAAAAUGAGAAUUUUUUAACUUGGACAUCCAACUGACAGGAAAAUUUGGCAGAAGUACUUCUGAUACACCCUACCUGGAAGAAGUACUGGCAAGGGAGGUUUCCAAAUAUUUCCAAAUAUUUGAAACGGGUAAUGCUUCAGGCAGAAGAAAGGAACUGUUGGGAACUCACACAUAAAGUACCUCAGGACAUGAUUGCUGUUGUGUAUUAUUAUACAAAUGUAGAACUCUUCAUGGUUUUAAAAAUUCCCACAAAUUGUAUCUUGAAGCAUAACACUUCUGCUGACAGUUCGGAAGAUUUUGAUGGCUUUUUGGAAAAAAGUAUGUCAAUAACUAUCAAUUAUUACUUACAUUAUCAGACUCUUAGAAGAAAUUUAGUAGAUUCUAGGAAAAAUGAUGUAUUACCUAGAAUGUUAAUAAUUGUCUAGUCUUUACUUGCCAUUAUCUUUUUAUUUCAGUGGGCUACCCUUAUAGUCAAGCUCAAACAUAGCAUAAGUUUUUAUCGUAGGUGAUUUGAAGGUGCUAAAUUAGCUACUUUACCAGGGAUUCACUAAUCCAUGUCCACGUCCUUGCCAGACCAACACCUGUAUUGUUCUCAAUUCUGUGAUUUAAAUCAGAGAGACUGCUAGAAGUGGGAACCACCUCACUUGGGAAGGCUAUAUGAUUCCUGAAUGAAUAUGGGUAUUAAUGUACCUAGGCUAAACUAAUUUACUAGAGCAGGGGAUGGGGAUGGGGUGUUAGUAUGCAAUAUUAAUGAUAUGGGCAAGUCUCUUGGAGAUUUCUGAACUUUCAUGUCUUAAAAUCCAUACUAAGCCGCUUAGGUCUAGCAUCUGUGCUUCUGGGUAACUUGGGUCAUCUAGGAAAUCUAAACAGAAAAGUACUCCCAUUGACUAAAGCAAAUAAGACAGCUUUUUUUUCCAAGAUACUUUAAUAGUGAACAGCACAUAAUUCCUAUUUUGAUAAUGCAAAAUGGUACUCCUGUUAUGGUCACAUACUGUUGUAUAGAAAACAUGUACUACUUCCAGAGCUGAAGGUAAAAAUUGUGCAGAAAUAUUUUUGUCAUUGAUAGUAUGCACUGGUGUUUAUGGGAUUUAUUCCUCAAAUAAGUUUAACCAUAUAUAAAUGUUGGUGAUUUUUACACGGUAAUUCAAAAUGGCUCAUUUUUCAUUUUUUAAAUAUCUACAUGGCCAUGUUUAAUUUCAGUGUUACUUGAUGUAUACAUUAACUGAAAUAGUACAGUUUGUAUUUGCAAGUGAGUGUUUUUUCUUCUCUUUUAAGCAAAAUUUUUCUUGGUUGAUUACCAGAUUUGUAUUUACACAUUCAGAGAUAAUUAUUUCUCUGUUAGAUUGGCUCUGAAUUUGAGAGGUGGAGUGAGAAAAGAAGGUAACAAGAAAUGAAUCAAUUACUUCCAAAGUAGGAAGUCUAACCUCAUGAUUAUUUUAUUAAUAUUAUUAUUAUUCAGCUGUACUAAAAACUAGCUGUGGAAAGAUCUGUGAUUGGCAUAAGCACUCCAAACAGUAAAGGGGUUUUAGUACAUUGAAACAACUGAUUAACCUACAUCAAAGCUCUUUUCAACUUGCCUGGUAUCAUUACAGCUUGGAAACUUGCUACCAUAAGAGAGACCAAAAGGAAUACUGGAGAUCAAAUUACCUUUUAAUAAUUUGCUAGAAGAGCAGAGUUACACUGACUCCAGCUAUCUUAAGAUUUUCUGUAAGUCCUUUCUGGUUGUUUCCUGCUUGAAUUGAAACAAAUCAGUAUUAGUAGCGAAGAGGAAAGGUAAUUAUUGGGAAAUAAAGACAUGAGUAAUAACUAUGGAUACCAUUAACAUAUGGCUGAGUGUCAGUAUUUCUUGGGCUCAGACCCUUUACAAAGAUGUUGGUUGAGUUGGUUCAUUUGCAUCAGUAUUAACGAUCAUAAACAUCUGAUAACUUAAAUAAGAAACAACCAUUUUAGUUGGAGAAGUUACCAUUACAAGCCAUCACUUAAAAUCUUAGUACAAUAAAAAAAAUAAUAAUUGUGCUGGUACCUGUAGCUGCUGAGACUGAGGAGAUAAGUGUUAUACUCAAAAAUUUUCUUAAAAUUGAAACAAAUGAAUUCUGGAUCUUGUCAUUUAAUUUGGUGUAGGAGUUCACUACAGAUCUGUUCCAUGCCAGUCAUUCUGGUGUCGGUAUCUGCAAAAGGUAUCAACACCAGCAUUUCUAGAAACAUUUCUACUUCUGUUAUUAAGCAUUUCUUUAGGACUACUUAAAUAUAUCCAGGACAAAAAGGACUUUCAUGUGUUUUUUAGUAGCAUUCAUGAUCUUCUAAGUAUGUUGACUUACUGUAGCAAAUCUAUGUCUACCAUUUCUCCUUGUACUAUAGCAGAUGUACGUUACCCUGUUAAUUUAAUCCUUUUGCUUUUAUUUCUGGUGUAACUGUUCUUGUUCAGGGCUAGUUGGGAUUUUUCUGUUCUGUAAAAAUUGUGGUAGUUGAGUUUUCCUCUGAAAGUAGUCCCAAUCAUAAUGCGGGAGUAAUUUUUUUAAAAAUAUCCAUUUUAUGCAUUGAGGAAGUUGAAGUGUCAUUAAGCUAUAAAUAACUGAAUAUCCAUUUUAGUUUUGAACAUUGACUAGUUGUGAUAUUAUUUGUGAUAUCAGAUUAAAAUAAUGUUGAGAUUCUUACUAUUGCAGGUAAAAGAUACAUGUUUAAUCUAACAAUAAAGACUGUGUGCCUUUGUCCAAAUAAAACAAAAUUCUUUUUAA